AACAAUUUUCCCCUUAAUGUUUUAAGCUAUAAAUACUCAGGAUUUGGGACAUACAUAUUUCCUCUUCUUCCUUUGAUUUUUUAGCGAUACCUGCACUCCCUUGUCACUGACUCGUCUGACAGUCGAAAGUUAAUGGCAAAUUUCGAUCCAUUUGAAUGCAUUUGAUGUCGUAGUGACAUCAAAGGUUGAGAUCCUUACUCAUACGGUAGCCAUUUUGGUCACCAACGACGUCAAGACGCUAUGGCGUUUUAUUGGAGCCUUUCCUCGCCUUUGGUCCUUGCGUUUUUUCUAGGUUUCAUCCAUUUGUGGCCUUGCACAGCGGCAGCUGACACUAGAAAAAUUAUUCUCCAUACCCUGCCUGUGGUGCUUACCGUGGUGUUUUUGAUAAUAGCAUAUUGCUUUUGUCGCUGCGUUUGUCGAAAAACGAGAGCAAGGGAAGGGACUGACAAAGAUGAGGCCAAGUUUCGUCGGAAGAGAAAAGAUAUAGCCGAUAAACACAAGGAAAGGGAAAAAGAAAGGCAAGAGAAAUACGCCCAAAUCAAGAAAAAAUAUAUAAAACGUGGAACAGAAGCAGUAUGAAGAUGGAGUAAAGACAUAAAUUCAGAAGCUUUGUUAAACGAUAAAAAUGGAACUAUAUUUAAUCUGAAAUAUUGUAAGGGUUUCCUUAUAUUGGUGUUGGGAAAAAGAAUGGAAAUAUUAUAUUACUUUAAGCCAUUCGAUACAAAAAUUAUAAUAAGACAGGUUGAUUAUUUCUUAUUCCUUUUAGCGGUCUCAUCUAAGUACAAUUUCUUUCACCUUUUUUUCUUAUUGCGGUUGUGAAUUUGGUACGGAAACAGUUGCUCCGUUUCUACGGUGAUUAGAUCUUGUUGUACUAUUUUGUGAUAAGCUAUGUUUUUAAUUAUGUCAAUUUUCUAGUUGUAAAUCUCUCUGGUAAAAGUUAACCUCGCACAGGAAUUCCUGGAAACUCCUGCUUCUUUUACUAUUGAUUACUUCGUAAAAAUAAAUAUUGACCUUGCUCAGCAAGUGGAUUAACGCAAACGGACGAAAAGUUC